AUGGACAACCUCCUCCCCGCCCCCUUGGUCACCACCGAGCGCUACUUCGACCGCCCCACCUCCUCCCUCACCCCGACCUUCCAGACCUCGACCUCCACGCGAGACUCGAUCCCGCACCAACCCCCGCGCUCGCGCCUCCUCCACCUCCACUUCUCGGGCCGCGACCUGCCGGAGCCGGACGCCCGCUCGCGCGCCUCUUACGCCGUCAUCUACCACGCCCUGGAAGUUCCCGCCCGCCUCUCGACCGUGUCGGACGUGUCCAUCACGCGCACUGCGCCCGACGCCUCCACAUCCCGCGGCCCAUCCGCCUCCAUGAAGCGCCGCUCCUCCACGCCCGCGCUGGUGCGCGCCGUCUCCGCCCCCGUCUCCCGCCUCAAACCCAAGUCCUCCGCGCACCGCGCACCCGCCGCCGCCGCCGCCUUCGCCGCCCCCACUACCCCCGAGCACAUCGUCGCCGACGACGGCACCUCCGUCAUGCGCUCCGCCUGGACGAAGCUCGCCACUACCGACGUCGCGCGCAAGUUUGGCAGGGAUGUCGAGUUUUCGAAGGCCUUCCCUUUCCACUAUAUCCCCGGCACGGGACAGGUCAUCCGCGUCGCCUUCUUCGACUGCACGAGUAAGAAGGUCGAGAAGCAGCGCCUCAUUGGCACCGCCCAGCUCAGAGUCAGCGCCGUCUACGCCGCGCAGGGGCGCCCUGUUACGUUUCCCCUCAAGUUUCUUCCCGUCAAUGAGAAGGACGUCAAGCGUAGUAACAAAAUCCCACACGGCUCGCUUCUCGUCACUGGGGAACGCAUGGAUGUGGAGCGAGGCAUCUUCUAUAUCGACGCUGAGUGCAACCCCAUUGUGCGCGCAAAGGCUCUGUCCUCUGCUUCUGUGAGAAGAAUAUUUUAUACUAUUCAUGCCGUGCUUGACAAAAAACCGGAUUCGGACUUUUGGACCUUGAUCUUUCGCUCGGAGACCGUCGAUAAGAUUAAUCGAAAACAGGAUGGCGGCAGCUUGGAAUACAACUAUUUUACCAGCAGGCGGGUGGUGGCCAAACCAGGCUUCAUUAUUGAGGAUGUUGAUGCGAAGGAACGACAGAGGCAACUUCAAUUUGCUAGAGGAGAGUCUGUCAAGUCACAAGGCAGUUUGUUAAACAAGGGCAAAAAGCUACUCGGCAUCAAGAUUAAGAAACAGUUCUUUUCACUGCCGAGUGCCAACUUGAAUCUCGCAGGGGAUGAUAUCAAGUUGAAAUUGUCGCUUUUUGAAGACAAAGGGUCUGUGGGAGGGUUCGAUCUCAUUGCCGAUACAGAGUUUCGAAUCGCAGACUUGAGGUCUCGAGGGUUGGGAGAAUCAGUACCUAUACGGGUGCAUUCCAACACUGUUGGGAAGGCCGUGCUCAAGUACGUCGAGUGCGGUCCCAACCCCACCUACUUUUGUUUGUCGCUUGAAAUGCAGGGGCUACGGUAG